UACACCGUUAUGUCUAAGUAAUACUGUAGUACAUUAUCCUAUUGUUUCUAUUAAUCCUCACUUAGCUUUGUGUUUUAACGUGUUUAUUAUUUGUUCGUUGUUUAUGGAGUGCAUGGCGGAUUUUGAAUAGUUUGAGCAGUGUUGUACGGAAGCCCUAAGCGGCCAUGCAUUAUUAAUUUUGUUCUUUUUGUUGUUUUCUCGUGAUCUCGACUUAAUGUUUCUGUGCACUCGACACCCAUACUACUGAAGUCAAUGGGUUUAUUUUGUAAAUGAAGUAAAUAAUAUAAAUUUCUCUCCCCUUUGUAGUUUCUUUUUGCUGGGAAGGGGCGGAGCUUACCCCGAAUUUUAUCUAGCUGUCAGUACAGACCAGUGUUGCCAACUUAGCGUCUUUUUAGACCCCUUUAGCCACUUUUUUUUUUUUUUCUCAAAAAAAGCGCCUAACGACAAAUUUAGCGACUUUUUGGACAAACAUUAACGACUUUCCAAAUGUCGUCAGUACUGUCCUGCAAGCGCGAGCUCUUGCUUUCCCGCUGCACUCUCACCUCACUCUGCGUCUGCUCUGUUCAGUGAGAGGCUGAGAGCCAGAGCAGCACAUCCCGGUGAUCACAGACCUGAAUGUAUAUUCCACAGAAUAACUAAAGGUGAUUGGAGGCAAGGCACCUGGCUUGAAAUUUUUUUUUAUGAUCCGCUGUAUGCUGGUGUUUAUACCUGUAUAAACUCGGCCAAAUACCACAUCAUGGCAUUUAUACCUGUAGUCGAUUUUGCGGUCUACAAACGUAGUAACGGGGACAUCACUGACAAGAACCUGCAGGAGUUAUGCAAAGAAUUUCGAAAUGCCUUCACUGAAGUGGGGUUUGUGUAUCUCAAAAAUACUGAAAUAGAUCAGAACGAGGUGGCUCAGGUCAUGGAUAUUUCUAAGAAGUUCUUCCUGCUUCCUGAAGAACAGAAAAGACCCUUCACAAGGGGCAGUUACACAAUUAAUGUUAAUCAUGGCUGGGUGCCCUCAGAGGUAGAAAGGUUGAAUCCUCAAUGUCCAGGUGACUUGAAGGAGGCAUUUAAUAUUACAUCCUUGAGCAAAGAUAUUAAAUGGCCCUCUGAUGGUCUUGAUGGCUUUCGUGACAUCCAAGUCAACUUUUUCAAUCGGUGUAAGGAUCUCACUCUUGAUGUACUCAGGAUCAUGGCUCUCAGUCUAGGCCUGGAUCCAGAGUUUUUUCUCCAAGCACACAGCUACAUUGGAAGUGAUAAGAAUGACACCACCCUGCGCACUCUCUAUUACCCGCCGGUGAAGGCUGGGAGUGUGAAGGAAGGUCAGCUCCGCUGUGGUGAGCACUCAGACUAUGGCAGCAUCACGCUAGUCUUCCAGAGCCAUGAGGGAGGCCUGCAGGUAUUAAGUCGUAAAGGAGAAUUUAUCUCAGCCCCAAGCAUUCCUGAAACCGUGCUGAUCAACAUUGCAGAUCUAAUGCAGAGGUGGACCAGUGACGUGUUUGUAUCUGCUGUCCAUCGAGUUUUACCACCUCCUGAGGGUGACUCAAGCACAAGGCAGUCUUUGGUGUUCUUCGUGCAUCCAGACAAUGAUGCCAUCAUUACAUGUUGUGAUGGCUCAGACAAAUAUCCUCCAGUGAGAUCCUUGGAUUAUCUCCUGGCAAGAUUCAGCGACUCUUAUGGCAGAAAAUAGAUCUUUGCUGCUCUUUGUGAGUUGAUACUCAACUGCAUUUAUUUUCAUAUUUUUGCAGUUUAAAGCAAAUGGUACAUAUUAAAGAAAUCAUUAGAGAAAUCAGUAUGUUAAGGUUAAGCAAUCAAAAGUAGGAUCCAAUCAUGUGUAACCAAUAUAUGAGAUCAUAAGAGAUAAAGUGUUAAUCAAGAAGCUAAACUCAAAAGUUGAUAACUGGCUGGUGAGAUCAAUGAGUGACCAUUCUUCAGUAACAAAUGUAUCUUUUUCUUCUCUGAUUGCUGUUAUUUCUUAGAAAUGUCACCCUCUGCACCUGCAUAAAAACACUGAGUUUUUAAGUCUGUAUCUUUAAAUAUACUGAGUUUGUACUCUGUCUUUUUAAAUCUCUGUCUUUAAAGAUACUAAAUUUGUAUUCUCUUUUUAAACCUGUGUAUUUAAAGGUACUAAGUUUGUACUCUCUUUUUAAACCUGUGUAUUUAAAGGUACUAAGUUUGUACUCUCUUUUUAAACCUGUGUCUUUAAAGAUACUAUAUUUGUACUCUGUCUUUUUAAUUCUGUGUCUUUAAAUAUACUGUUUGCCUUUUUAAGUUUGUAUCUUUUUACCAGUUUGACGUUAGUGAUUUCUUAAGAUGUAUUGUAAAAAUCCAUGACAUAAGUUGGUAAAAUAAAAACUUUUAAAUAUUUUUUUUUUUUAAAGCUGACUGAACUUGCACCACCAUUUUAGAUAAGAUAUGAAGAAAGAAACAAUUGUGGUGAGUCAUCAGAAAUGUGAUCAAAGAAAGGUGAUCAAAAGAAAACAUGGGAAAACCUGCCUAAUGAAAUCAUUGUUUUAGUGUUGUAUAAAAGCAUGAACAUUGAUUGUGCUCAUCAGAUUAUCUGUAGACAUCUUGGCUUUUGUGAUUCUUCAAUAAAAGUCUUAUUUUUGGCAUCUUAAA